AAAAAUUUCUACAUUUGUAUUUUGUGUAGAUGGUGUAGAUACAUAACUACGUUUUGUGCUGGCAGUGUUAUUUUUGGAAUUAAUUUUAGAAUUGUAAUUGUUUUCGCGUGUCGUACGCUUAGUAAAUAACAAAUGAGAAAAUGUUGCUCGUGAAGGAUGGUUUCGUGAAAUCUAGGCUGCUAUGUUCAUAUUCAGCACGAAUGCCACUUUAGUUUUCAAGUAAAUAGAAAAUGUAUUUUAACUUAUUGUAACUUUUGUGUGAAUACUUUUUUCAAUAAUGCCCGUUCAACAAAUAAGUGUGAAGAAUUCAUCGGAAAUUGAAAGUUGGGAAUGGGGCGGUGGUUGUGGUAGAGAAACUGUACGGACUGGGUCUGGGAGCAGUCAAACAUCAUGCAGCAACUCCAGCGGAGAUAUUUGUCGUAUAUGCCAUUGUGAGAGUGAACCACAGAACCCAUUGUUGGCCCCAUGUUAUUGUUCAGGAAGCCUUAAAUACGUACACCAGAGUUGCUUGCAGCAGUGGUUGACGGCAUCCGAGACAAGAUCUUGUGAGCUAUGCAAAUUUAACUUCAUCAUGCACACUAAAAUCAAACCGUUCAAUGAGUGGCGUUUGCUGGAGAUGUCCGGUGUUGAGCGGAGACGUCUGUGCUGCGCGGUUCUUUUCCACUGUGUGGCGGCCCUCUGCGUCAUGUGGUCUCUGUUCGUACUUAUCGAACGGGCCGUUGAGGAAGUCAAUCGCGGUCUUAUCGCGUGGCCGUUCUGGACUAAACUGGUCGUGGUGGCGGUCGGGUUUACGGGGGGGGCGGUCUUUAUGUACAUACAGUGCCGGCAGUAUUUGCACCUAUGUAAUCGUUGGAGAGCUCACAAUAGGAUACUAUUAAUACAAAAUGCACCGGAGAAGAUGGCGGUGUGUGGUGGGUCGCCUCCGGUGGUGGCGAUGCGGGGGCCGCGGGGCGUGCGGGGUCAGGUGGUCGCCAACAUUGAGCCCUCGCCGCCCCCCGCCGCCUUCCACGAGGAGGACGAGAGCGGAGGCUUCGAGACCUACCGCCCCCCGCCGCCCCGCCGCCUCGCGCCCCCCGACGAGCGCAUUCCGCCGCGCCGAGCCUCCGACCCGCGCCUCGCCGCUCCCCCAGCCGCGCCACCAGCCCUGCCAUCCGUCGCACCACUCGCCAUACACGGCGUGUACCAUAUCGCGGUGGAUCCGCUGGAGGCCGACAUCAGGUCGCUGCUGGCGCUGGAGGCGCAGCGCCAGACUGCCCGCUCGCUGCCGAACCUGCGCGCCUCUCGCGAGAGUCUCCUGCCGCCUGCCUCCUGAGGGCCCGCCCUGCUGCUCUACCCUGACGACACCGUCUACUAGCGCGACCGGGCGCGGCCCUGACGUCACGUGACGGUGCGUCCCUGACGUCACGUAACGGUGCGGGCCCUCGGGAAUACUUUGCUAGACAAAGACUUUGACGCCCGGCGGGCAUCUCAGUGAGUCCAAUGGAAGUGUUUCGGUGCAUAGACUGUCCGGCGGACCGGAUGCGCCGCGAAUUGUGCGAUCGUUUGUAAAUAUCAAGUAGUGUUUACGUACCGUGGUGUAAAUAUAUUAUAAACGUUAAUGUCCGACGAUGUAUUUUAAUUCCGACGCUGCAGAUUUUAAACGUAAAAACGCACUCACUUACUGAGCUGAUGAAACGAUUAGGAUAUUGAUAUCGAUGUGCCAUUAUUAAAAUUAAUACACCAAUCUAUGAAUUCAUAUUAAUAAUGUAAUUAGGUAGAAAUGCGAUUUUGUAAUUUAAAGUGUCGAAAAGUAAACAUAAUAAUAAUAAAAUAACAAUAAAAAAAUCAACACCAACUUCGUUACAAUUUUUUUUAAAUAAUUUAAUUGAGAUGUAUCGUUCUGUUAAUACACAAAACUCUUGACUCGAAAACUAGUAUACAAAUGAAAUUCGAUUACUCUAAUUUCAUGUUUAUCGUUUCUCGUUACAAUAUACAUGUGUGUAUAUAAUUUUAUUUAACAUUCAGUACAUAGUUCAGGCACUCUGUCAUCUGAUACACUCGAUACGGCAACCAUUAUGACAUUCAUUGCUUUAGAAUCUCAAAAGAUUUCGUGACAAUCAUUUCUAUUAGGAUAAAAAUAAAAAUAAAAACUUGGAAACAUCAAACGACUUCGCAAUUAAAAAGAAAUUUUUUUUUUUAAAAUAGUAUUUAUUACUUUAAACUAGAAAGUAUAUAAUUAUGGUCAUAAUGUUAUAACUUGUACAAUUGUAUGUAUGAUCUAUUGCGUCAAAAUAGAGUUUGUCUAAUGGCGCGUUCGGACUGGAGUUAAAAAUGUUAAAAUGUUUUCGACGCGUCGCACCAUUCGGGAAGCUUCGGGUCUUGUCGGCUCUUUCCGACUCCGCGCCCCCGACGGCAAUGGCAAUAAUAAACAUUGUUAUUAAAAUUUAAAACGACUAUAAAGGCUUGUUGUCGUCCGUGACCACGAAAACUGCGGAGCAUCCAAAACGUCAGCAAUAAUAUCGCACCUUUAGAAUUAAGGUGGCUUAACUAAAAUUUUCAAGAAAAUGAGUUUUUGUACUUCAAACUCAUGAACGUGUAUUUUAUGAGUUUCUUAAAAUUAAACAGUCUGUUUUAGUCUAGAAAAGGACAUACGUAAUCUUUCCGUCUCUUUUAAAUUAAGCUUUUACAAUAGUACAUUGUGCACUAAGGGAGAAAUGUCCAAAUUUUCUCCCGCGGUGCACAUACUAUUUUUUCUCCUACCAGGCUGAAAGUUCGUGGAGUACCGAGCCGGGGUCCAGGGGCGAAGCCCUAGCGGGGUAGGGGUCGCGGAGCCCCUCCAUACUCAUAAACAAAACAAUUUAACUGUUUUUUAAAUUUUUAAAUAAGCUA